AUGUCUGAUUUUGACCCAGUUUCUGACUUUCUUGCUCGUGAACAGGAGGCUCUUGGGGAUUUAGGUGAUGAUUUAAAGCUUAACGAAGAUAUUUCAAAUACCGAGGUCUCUGAUCCCAGUUAUGUGUUUCUUAAUGGACAAUCUACAAUGAAUGGCUCUAAUUUUGGACACAAUUUGGCUGAACCUGAUUGUAGAGCUAACAAUUCUGUUCAUGAUUUCAACACAAUUGUAUCAUCCGACAGUAAUGUUAGUGGAACUGAGUCUUGGCGGGAGGAAUUCGAGAAAAGAAUUAAGGCUAAAGAUGCUGAAGAAGAAAAAAAAUGUGCUGAGUUGAUGGAAACAGGAAAAAAGGAGUUAAAUCAUUGGUACAAAGAAUAUCACCAAAGAUUAGAAACAAAAUCCCGUGAAUUGCGUGAGAAAAAACAUGAUUCAAAUGGUCAUUUCAUGAAUGGUGAUGGUAGCAAACCAUCUGUGAAAGAUACAGCCGUUUGGGAGAGUAUUUGCAAUUUAUGUGAUUUUCAAUCCAAGCAAAAAACUGCAAUUGAUACGUCAAGAAUGCGUAGUAUUCUACUCUCUCUUAAACCGAACAAUUAA